AUGAACGAUCCUCUCUUCAAGGCUUUCAAAACUGGAGUCGUAGCUCUCGCUGAAGGAAUAGCAGUAGGGACAGGGAGAAGCUUUUCCAUGUUCAAGAAUUACCACAUUGAUGGGAACAAAGAAAUGAUUGCCAUUGGGAUGAUGAACAUUGCUGGUUCUUGCACUUCUUGCCACCUCACCACAGGCCAUUUUCCAGAUCAGCAGUUAACUACAAUGCAGGAUGGCAAUGUCAACGUUGUCAUGGCAAUUGCGGUUAUGUCACAUUGUUGUUCCUCACUCCUCUGUUCCAUUACACUCCCCGUCAUUUUCUUAUCCGGAAGGAAUUUGGGAAUUCCGGUUGUACCGUUGCGUAGAGCACGACGGAAUUGCCCCCGUCUCUCUCACACUCUCUCUCUCCCGCGCGUCGCCUCUCUCUCUCCUCUGGUUCGCGACAGCCACCGUGGCCGACCACGUUUUGGCCGGCCGUUCGCUCGUCCGGCCACCAAAGUCGACGGGGCCGGUACCAAAAUGACCGGGCCGCCGUCCUCUUCCUACCCCAGCCAGGUCUCGCCGUCAGCCGUCGAGAUUUCGCCGGAAAAUCGAAGAGAAAAGCUCGGUUUCGCCCGAAACUUCGCCGGCUUCGUUCUCCGUCGUCCGGCCGCCAUUUUUGGCGAUCAAGUUAGGGUUCGGCCGGAUUUCGGGAUGAGAUUCCGGCCACUUCCGGUCAGUUUUUGGGGUACGUCCAAGAACAAAAGUGACUCCAAAUUAGGUGUAUUACCUAGGGUAGGAGUCUGGGCUCCGAUUUGGAAGUUUUCCGGCGAUGGGUAUCGCUUUGGACACCCACGCGCUGCCGGCGCGUGUGGCGGCGCGUGGGCACUAGUCCCGAACGGAUAUCGCAUAUCGCGUGUUUUCCGGGUUCGCUGGGUUUGGACCGUUGGAUGGAUUCGACGGAUCGUAAAACGGAGUCCCGGAUACUCCGGAAAUGCCAACCCUGGGGUUAGGGUUUUAGUAACCGUCCGAUCGUGUGAUCGUGAGCGAUCCGACCGUCCGAUCAGACCAAACUUGCAGGACGUGCAUCCUAGAGCUUGUAGAACCUAUAGGAACUUUCGGAUCGGAAAUUGGAGGUCGUGGGCCCCGCGGGCCCGUUGGACCAAGGUUGGGUAUUUGACCCUGGCCCCGUACUGGCCGGGUACGUCCCGACGUAUGAGUGGGUGA